UGCAAUAUUUUCUAGAAUAAUUGUGGCAACACAGUUAUUUUCAAUGUUGCCUGUUUUUCAAAUGUGAGCAUGGUAGCUAAAACUGUUAUUUCUAUGUUUGUAUUGUUACAAUGUCCGAAUUUGCCCAUAGUAUUGUGCUGUUUUCUGCUGAAGAUGGUUCACCUUUAGAAUUUAAUAUUCGGAAUGUUAACGAGAAGCUGUUAUUAAAGGCAAUGAUUGAACAUGGAGGGGGUAUGUGCUCACACAACGAAAAUGCUAUACAUUUAAUAAGCCCAGGUACUAAAGUAUUAAAUGUUGACUUGAAUAAAAAAUUAGUAUCAACGAAGUAUGUGUUUGAUUGUGUGAAACUUAACUACUUGCUAGAUGUUAAUGACUAUAUAAUUAAAAUUUCUGAAGCUGAGACAAGCGAUAUUAGUGACGAAGAUAGUGCAAAAUUGUUACCUUCCCAUUUGCCAGUUAAUAAGGAAAUGCCGUCUGAAGAUUGUGUAGUUCAUCCCCAUGUGAGCAUAGGCAUUGCUGACAAAGGACAAAUAAUUGCAGACAAUAAUGCGCAAUUAGAUUUACCUUGCUGUGAUGUAGAUACAUGUACUAACAAUGAAAAUGCUGGCCUUUUUCCAAAUGCUCAAGAUGUCAUUCGCGGUGGAUCGAGCUUAGAGCUCACUUGUUGCGAUUUAGAUGUUUCUAAUCAUAAUCUGAUUCGUAAUAAUCAUCAGGCUUUAGAUGUUAAAUCAUCUGUCACUACUGUUGAUGAAAGUGCAAAUUCGAAAUCAGCUGAAAUUUUUAGAUCUUCUUCAAAUGAUGCUCAAGAUGAAUUCUCGAAAGCACCGGUGAACUGCUUACAAGACCCCGGCAAUAAAAGUUUCGUUAUCGAUAGUUCUGAGGAUGAAAUAAGGCCAACAGGACCUGUUUAUGAUGGAGUAAAUCCAUUGGGUACUGUCAUAGAUUCUGCCGCUCUGGGCUCAGAUAAUCAGCUAAUAUAUAAUAAAGAGAGCACUGAAAAUUUAAAAGAUAAUAUAUACGUUGUUACUGUUGACCAGCAUGUUGAACAAAAGCAACAAGUGUCACCAGUUGCUGUUUCAAGUUCUCAACCUGAGAAUGGUCCAGAUGACUUUGAUAAAUUAUUGCUGAGUAAAGCACAGAAUGCGAAGACUGUGGAAGAGGAGGAAGAUGCUCAGUCUCAAAGUUAUACUGUCAGCAGUUCUGCCGAUGCUCAAGUAGGCUCUAAGCCAUCAUCUUGUGAAAUAAAUUCCGCUGAAGUCUUGGGUGCUUGUUCUACUGUUCCAGAUUCUGCUAUGCCAAAUGCAGAAAGACUUGCAGAACGUCAACUCUACAUGCAAAAUCUAGAAGCUGAAGUUGAGAGGAUCUUAAGAAAACCAUCUCCAAAAUCAAUCCAAGAUAAAAUAUGUUUGGUUAAAUAUAUUUGUUGCCUAAAGAGACUUCCUCCAGAUGUAGUUUUGCAAUCUUUACAAAAUCGUUAAUUGUACUUCCAAAUCGCAUUAGUUACUGAGAAAUAAAAUCACAAAAAUUAAAGUGUAAAGAAAUUUAGUAAAUAUUUUCUAUUUAUUGCUUUGUCAAAGAAUAAAAUAUUUUAUUUUGUAUA